GGCUGUAUUGGCUCCCCUAUAAAACCCCCUUCCCUCCCCAUUGACGCACAUCAAAUCCUCACACAGGAUAAUCCACACCUUCCUCUGUCCUCCUCCUCCUCCUCCUCUCCGACCAACGAUGAGUUCCACUUGCGUCGCCACCGUCGUCCCGAAUGCGUCCUUGACGAUCAUGCUUCUUCCGUCCCUCACCCUCUGCUUCCUGUUCCUGUGCCUCAUCUACUAUCUGCUUUCGCGAGCAUUCCUCACCGGGUCCCGUAGUCUGCCCUUGCCGCCGGGCUCCAUGGGCUGGCCUUAUAUUGGAGAGACCUUGCAGCUCUACUCCAACAAUCCCAACGCCUUCUUCGCCCUCAAGCAGAAGAGGUACGGUCCCAUCUUUAAGACCCACAUCCUGGGCUGCCCCUGCGUCAUGGUGUCGAGCCCUGAGGCGGCAAGGUUCGUGCUGGUGACGCGGGCGCACCUGUUCAAGCCGACGUUCCCCGCCAGCAAGGAGCGGAUGCUGGGUCCCCAGGCCAUCUUCUUCCAGCAGGGCGACUACCACGCCCGCCUCCGCCGCCUCGUGCUGCGGGCUCUCAUGCCCGACGCCAUCCGCGGCUCCGUCGCCGGCAUUGAGGCCACCGCUCUCCGGGCCUUGCGCUCCUGGGACGGCCGUUUCGUUAAUACCUUCCUUGAAAUGAAGACGUACGCGUUCAAUGUGGCACUCCUCUCUAUCUUUGGGAAUGAUGAGAUCUGCUACAUCGAGGAUCUGAAGCAGUGUUACUACACCCUGGAGAAGGGCUACAACUCCAUGCCCGUCAACCUGCCUGGGACCCUCUUCUACAGGGCAAUGAAGGCCAGGAAACAGCUGGCUCAAAUUGUGGCCAAGAUUGUGUCGUCCAGGAGGACGCAGUCGAAGACGGAGGCCAAUGGUCUGCUUGGCUCUUUCAUGGAAGCCAAAGAAGCGCUCACCGACGAUCAGAUUGCCGACAACAUUAUCGGCGUCAUCUUUGCAGCCCGGGACACCACUGCCAGCGUGCUCACCUGGAUCGUCAAGUACCUCGGGGAUAACCCAGGCAUCUUACGAGCAGUGACGGAAGAGCAAGAGGAGAUCACGAGGAGCAAAGACGGCAAGUCCCUGACUUGGGCUGAUACCAAGAGGAUGCCACUCACAUCGAGGGUGAUUCAGGAGACGAUGAGGGUGGCCUCCGUCUUAUCUUUUACCUUCAGAGAAGCGGUGGAAGAUGUGGAGUACGAAGGGUAUCUGAUUCCCAAGGGUUGGAAGGUGUUGCCGCUCUUCCGAAACAUUCACCACAGCCCGGAUAACUUCGCUGACCCGGAAAAAUUUGAUCCCUCCAGAUUUGAGGUUGCUCCAAAACCCAACACCUUCAUGCCAUUUGGAAACGGGUCCCAUUCCUGCCCUGGCAAUGAGCUCGCGAAGCUGGAGAUGCUCGUGCUCCUCCAUCACCUCACCACCAAAUACAGGUGGUCUAUGGUGGGAUGCCAAAGCGGUAUUCAGUUCGGACCUUUUGUGCUGCCCCUGAAUGGCCUGCCCCUGAGAUUCUCUCUCAAGUCACCAGUCGAGGACCAUACAGCUUGAUCCAAUGGCGAUUUCCAGGGACGCUUUCAAGCAGCAGGACCCUGUAAUCAAAAAAGCGAUUGCAGUUCCUCCAGAGGCCUUCUCACACACCCCCAAGUUGUACAGUACAGUCUUUUCGAUUGACACACUGAGCGACGAGGAAACCUCAGCUCAGGUCACCCAUGCUUUCUGUCAACGAUAGGAAGUGGGAAGAGGAAGGGAAUGAGAAAUCCAACCUUUUCCACUGUGUCAAAGCUGCUCCCCCAUUGAAUAAUAUGCACUAUGGAUCAUAAAAAUCUUCUCCUAUUUAUUAUAAUGCAUGCUGACCCUGUGAUCGAUUUGGGCACCCUAUCAAAAGUUCACAUCCGGACUCUAGAAAGAACUACUUGCUGCGAACUUUUAAUCAGCUCCAGUA